AUGGAUCUAGGGGACUCAUUCGGCGGCUCAGAUGGACAGCCAGACGAGAAGCCACGACCUCUCCCUGCAGAUCUUCCCACAUCCCUCGAUGACAGACGGCAUGUGCCCAACGAGCAUCUCAUCACCGAGACAGAGAUGUACGAUGGCUGGCAAGGCCAGUCCCAGUUCCUCACCACACCAGCUCUAGCGAAACCUCUCAACUUCGGAAACCUGUCGCUCAACGACACCGACUAUGAGAAUGACAUCACGAAAGGUCCCUCCGAUAGCGAUACGCGAUUAAUGGAAAUGCUGGCCGCCCAGGCAGCGCACCAGGCAGCUCCUGCUUUCGAGAACGAAGACGAGGUCUUGAAUAGCCAAACUCUGUCCGAGACAGAAAAGAAGGAGAAGCUCCAGAAAGCUCUCAACAUGGCUGCGAGUAACGGCGAUGUCGACAGGAUCCGAAAGCUGCUCGGUGGAAGAGCAAAGGAGUACCUUGAUCUGGAUGCUGAAGAUGAAGAUGGAACACCACCACUUAUAUAUGCCAGUUGCUUUGGUCAUGAACCUGUAGUUCAGGCAUUGAUUGAUGCAGGCGCUGACGUCAACAAGCAAGAUCGCAAUCAAUGGACAGCUCUAAUGUGGGCUAUGACGAACCGACACAAGGGAAUCGCGAAACUACUACUUGAUAACAACGCCUCCUCCGACCAAAAAACCUCAACAGGACGAACGGCGUUUGACUUCGUACCUCCAGACAGCGAGAUGUCAUUUUACCUUCAUGAUGCUGGCUAUAAUAUCGGCAAUGCAGGAACCGAUGAUUUCUACCGCCCUGGUUUCUCUCAGGAUCGAUUCGAGGAAGAGAUGGCAGAAAACGAGAUGCGAAGACGGUUGAUGAUGGAAAGCGCUCGGGAUCUUGAGGUCGACCUCGGAAAUGUCGGCAUGGACGACCAGCCAGAGCCUGUCGACGAAUUCGAGGAAGAGCAACAAGAGUUUGACUGGAACCGUUGUUUACAUGAUCAGAUGUUCGUAUUUCAGGAACAUGAGCUGGAGCGCAUACUGGAUAUCGUCAUCACCAACAUGACACCGCAAAGAUCGCCGUCGCAAAAGCCUGUCCCCGCCAACAUGAUUUUCCUCAGCGCACGAUAUGCGCAUUACCACUCAAGCCCCGAGCUUUUAGAGAGGCUUUUAGUGUCAGCUAUGGAUUACAUCAAUGAUGUCGUUGAGAGGUGUCAGUGGGACAUGACCAUCCUGGCCUUCUGGAUCUCAAAUGCCACUCUUCUCCUUCACUACCUCAAGAAGGACCCGGGACUUUUUCAUGCAACUGGCGAGUUCCAGGCCCAACUUGCCGAGUUGAUAAACGAGAUCUUCAUUCUUAUCGUGCGGGAUGCUGAGCGACGACUAGACAAGGUCUUGGAUGUGGCCAUGCUGGAACACGAGACGAUCCCCGGAUUCGAGGAUAUCACUUUUCAGAACGAGUGGAAACUGUUCAAGCGCAAGACUCAAGUCAAGGAAGAGCCGUUGGAGAAGCGCUUCCGACCACCGUCACCAAAGCAACGAGCAAAGCCAGCACCCCGAAACGUCACCUCCCUCCUCUCUUCCACCCUGUUUGUUCUCGACCUCUACGACAUUCAUUCGGUGAUUACAUCACAGAUUAUUUCCCAGCUUAUUUACUGGAUUGGAGCAGAGCUUUUCAACCGCAUCAUGUCGAAUCGCAAGUAUCUCGCCAGGACGAAAGCUAUGCAGAUUCGAAUGAACAUAUCAAUAUUGGAAGACUGGGCACGGACGAAUAACAGGCAAGCAGAACAUUUCGAAGGAGGCGAGAUGCGUCCCUCGGGCGAGACAACGCAAGACGCUGCAAGAAGGCAUCUUGCUCCCGUGAUUCAGCUGCUGCAGUGGCUUCAGUGUUUCUCAUCUAUCGACGGAGAUGACAUGGAAGCUCUUAUAAUCACACUCCAACAGCUUAAGCGGCUUAGUCCUCAGCAGCUUAUACACUCAGCAAACCACUACAGGGCAGAAGUGGGCGAGAAAGGUCUGCCAAAGAGCUGUAUGAAAUAUCUUAUUAAUUUACAAAAAGAGGCGGCCCUCAAGCGAGAAAGACGGCGGAGUGGGAUACCUUCACCACAAAAGUCGGGUCAGGACAGCACACCGGUGACACCGGUAAGGGGCCGGUCAAACGGGAACCACCUCGAGACUCCUGGAAGCGUGGCAAGCCCUGCUCAAGAUGACGUGUCCGACGACGAUGAAAUGCCCGAGCAUCUGUUGCUGGAUCCUGCGUUGAUGUUGCCCUUCGUCUUGCCUUCGGUCACCGACAUGCUUGUGUCUUAUGGCGCGGGAAUUGGUGGAGUAAACCGUGAAAGAGAGCGAAAGUACAUCCCCACGGUGCCACCGGAGUUUCUUGAGAAGCUAGAGGUGGCCGGCGGGACCAGGAAGGGACCCAUGUUUGGAGAAGCGGAUUGGGAAAACGAAGAGGUUUGA